CACCGUCCGCAGUUCCGAACGAUCGCCGCCGCCCCAGAUGGCGGGCGAAGGUGGGUGCUCGGACGCCGCGGAUCCGCUGGCGGAGUACUCCGUGCUCUCGCUCUUCCCUCGGACGCUCGGCGUCCUCAAGCGAGCCCCGAAGCCCUACGAUCUGGAGCGCGACCUCGACUCCCUCCACGACCACCUCAAAUCCGUCGCUUUGCGAAGUCCCAAAAGACUUCUAGAUCAAGCCAAGGCUAUUAUCAGCAAUAGUUCAGAACUCCUAAACACUAGUAUCCCAAGCAAGGCAGCAUCAGAAGACAAGAACGGAGUAAAUGCGGUGAUGGCAAAUGAAGUUACUAGAAAAAGAAGGCCUGGUUUGGGCCUCAAGCGACCUCGGUUUUCUCUGAAGCCUGAUUCUAGCCAGCCCAUGGUGACGUUGGAGCCAACAUUUGAUAUUGAUAGAUAUGACGAUCCAGAGGAAUUUUUUGUGGCUUACGAGAUGUUUGAGAAUGCCAAGAGGGAAAUACUCAGACAGACUGGAGUUUCAAUGGAUCAAAAUCAGUACGAUACUGUGAGAAACGCACGUCCCCGCCGACCAGGAACCUUGAGGAAGUCCUUCAAAAAUCUUUUUGAUCAGUCUAUCAUAUCUUCACAAGCGACAUCUCAAAACGACAUUGUCCCUGGACCAGUUUAUACGACACAACCCGAAGCAGUUGAGUUGACUGAUGAAACUGAAUUAGCUGGUUCCGAGAUGGCACAAAACAAGGUCAAUGAACUUUUGGAUGAUUUAUUAUCCAGAAACUGUGAAGAUUUGGAUGGAGAUGGUGCGGUCAAUCUUUUACAAGAGCGCUUGCAGAUUAAACCUGUUAACAUCGAGAACUUGAGCUUCCCUGACAUGCAAGAUAUUAGGGGGAAUGACUUGAAUAAUUCACAGAGAGAGACAUCACAGGGUAGACAGGCACUUUCUGAUAUACAGAACAUUUUGAGGAGGAUUUACAGUAAAUCACCUUCAAAAAGUGGGGAUGUUUCUAGAAAAAACGUCCCUUCACCCCCAACAAAGAGUCCUCUUGCCCCAUUGAUGUUGUUGAAGAGACGUAUGUUUAAGGUUAACUCCAUUGACCCAUAUUCUGCUGCUAAUAUUGAUACAGCAGCCACGAAGAAUUCUCCCCUCUCUAGGUGCUUGGAAAUAUACUCUGACAAUGCUGACAUGAGGAAAGACCCUAGUACUUCUCGAAAGUCCAAGUCACCAAUGGUUGAAGAAGAUGCCGGUAUAGUAGAUAGUGUGCGUCAAUUUAAACACAAUACUGGAUACUAUUCUAAUCUUUCACAUACAGGUCGGUCCCAGUACAGUUCCAAUGAUAACGGUGAAAGCUUUAAUUUGGAUUUCGUGACAUUGGAAGAGGACUUACCAGAUGUUUCUGCCGAUACAGAUAGUCAAACGGAGAAGGUAGCAGUCACAUCUCCCCACUUUGAUGUGGACAUGCAGAACUCAACCAUUGGAGAAGUGAAUCACAAUGAACAUGAUCAAGUGGAUCCCUCAGACCAUUCCGCAUUGAAAGAUGAUGGAACAGGUGGAACCUUUGUAAGUACUGACAGAGCUCCUGAAAAGCAAACUGAGCUUUUAAUUGACAUUGCUGGUGCUCCCAAGAUUUCAUUAAAUGCCCACGACAAAUCAAAGGCACGUCCAUCCAAGGAUCGCCUUAGGAAAGGACUUUCUAGGAGGCAAAGCCUUGCAGCCGCUGGCACAUCAUGGAAUUCUGGAGUAAGGAGAAGCACCAGAAUCAGGUCAAGACCUUUGGAAUAUUGGAAGGGUGAAAGAUUUUUGUAUGGUCGUGUGCAUGAGAGUUUAGCCACUGUAAUUGGCAUAAAGUAUGUAUCUCCAGGAAAGGCCAAUGGAAAACCCGCUAUGAAGGUGAAGUCGUAUGUUUCGGAUGAAUACAAGGAGCUUGUUGAGCUAGCAUCUCUUCAUUGAGAUGCCAUGUGGUCUUGUACUCUUGUUCGCAUCUUGUGAAACUUUUGUCCGUGACUGGUUAAGUUUUCAUAUUGAACAUAAUUUGAUGUUCAGUAAACUUAUCCCUGAAUAUAGUUCCAUCUCUUCAA